GAAACCGAGUAAUAUUUACACUCACUGAAAGGAACCAACCUAAAGCGGACGACCAUCUAAGAGCAAAAGGAAGACGACGGCAAUGAUCACAAAACCUAAAAUUUCAGGGAAAGGAUUACUGGGAUCAAAUCAAAGAUAAACAGGAGAGAAGUAGCUUCAGUAAUGGAGAAGCUCUUUCAUAAGUCCCAAAAGCGAAAGCGGUUGGGUGUCUCGUCUUCUUCAGUUCGAGAAGGAGAACAAGUUGUUAUGAGAGGGGGAGAUGUGAUAAGCUUAUUGCCUGAACCGUUGUUAUGUCACAUACUCGGCUUUCUCACCACUGAACAAGCGGUUCGGACAAGUGUUCUGUCCUCUAGAUGGAGACAUCUCUGGAGAUGGAUUCCUAGGUUAGAACUGGACAGCUCUGAUUUCACAAACGACAUGGUCUGUGUUGAUUUCAUCGACAAGUUUCUGUCUUUACAAGGCGAGUCCUACUUGCGUGAAUUUAAGUUAACCAUCGACCACGAUGUCUUUGAUGGUGAGGCUUCUCUUUACGAGCCGCGUCUUCGUAGAGUGGAUAUGCGGAAGCUUGAACGUUUCCAAGUCGACAAUAAGUUUGCACUUGGUGGCUUUGAUGACUACCGGACACGGUUAACACUCUCCGCGUGUGAGGCAUUGGUCUGCUUAAAGCUCCAUUUCGUUAGUCUGAAUGAGUUCCUGUCUCUUUCCUUGCCCUGUCUCAAGAUCAUGUACUUGGAAGACGUCAUUAUGCCUUGCGACGCGGCAGCAGAGGCGUUGAUCUCCUCCUCUCCGGUUCUUGAAGUCUUGAAGAUAAGCCUCAGUGGAGAUGAUGUUGUAGUAGCUUUACGUGUCUGCUCACCGUCACUAAAGAGCUUCACUCUAAAACGAGUGAAGCCUGCUUAUUAUGCUCCUGGACAUUCUUCAGUAUUGAUUGAUGCCCCGAAACUUGAGUAUCUGAGUCUCAUGGAUUAUUACCAUUUCAAAAGGUUUGAGAUAACCAGUGUGGCUGAGUCUUUCAAGGUUGAUAUUGAUGUCGAGUUUGAGCUGACGACUGAUUACUUGUCAAAAAAGAAGAUCGUCGACAAUCUUCUCAGCAACUUUUCAGGUGUUGAAGAUAUGACUAUGUCAUGGAAAACUCUGCAGUUUAUAAAUGGUUUCCAUCGGCCGAACCCACUCCCCAAAUUUCACGGCUUGACUCGUUUGCGUGCAACUAUGUGCUUAAUCGCAUCCCCUGAACUCUUGCCUACCGUUCUUGAGAGCUGCCCCAAUCUGAAACACUUGACAUUGGAAUUGGUUAUUUAUCGAUUUGCAGUGAGUACUAGACCCUCCACUGUGCUGCCUCGUUGUUUGGUAUCGUCUCUUGAAUCUGUUGAAAUGGAAAGCCCGGUCACGGAGAUAGCUACUGAAUUGUAUUUGGCUAGAUACUUUAUGAAGAACUCGACAACACUCAAGAAGCUCGUGCUACGUUUGGAUGAGUCUUCUACUGGAGUGAAACACAAGCCUGGUGUCUUGAAAGAGCUCGCAAAAUUUUCAAGGCGAUAUGGUUUGUCUCAAUUCGAAGUUCUUCCAGUGGUUCCAACUCCGAAUCCAUGGCCGGAGGGGUAUGUUUAUGAAAAGUCCCAUAGGUUCUAAAGCUGGAAUGGUUAAAAACAUGCAAAAGUCAACAAAGUUUGCAACAGCCGGAUCCAAGCUUGAAAGUAUACAAUGUUUGAGAUGAAACUAGUUGGCUCCUCAGCCUUUAUAGGUUGAUUCCAUGGCUUUCCUUUCCUUUUUAUUUUUCUCCUUUCUGUGUGAGGUACUAAGACUUCAUUUGGUUUGGUUGAAUGAUUUUGAGUCUCUAUUAUUAAACUCUGUCUCAAGAUUAUCCACUUAGAAUAUGUUAUUAUUUCCAAAGCUAAUAUCAUGCUCUGGUUUGAUUA